AUGGGUGGCGCUUGCCACCAUUGCUGCGAGAAGCCAGAGGCUGCAAAUCCGGCGCAGAUUCCGCACCAGCCGGUGCAGCAGGAGCGCGGCAGAAGUCAGGGUGUGCACGACCUCACUGACACUGAUCCAUCUGCCUACUCGGGCGGACACUUGCAGAAACGAGCAAACUUACAGGUAAAAGAUGGCGGCUUCGCCCUGGGAAACUUUGCUGCCACAAACACUGGUCGCAUAGAGGAUUUCUAUGAGCUGGAGAAGCACAAACUCGGGGAGGGAGGCUUCGGGUCUGUGAGGAGAGGAAGGGACAAGCGAACUGGAAGAGUCUAUGCCAUCAAGUCGAUCAGAAAAAAGGGGGUCGAGGAGCCGCAGAAGUUGAAAGAAGAGAUCGACAUCAUGCGGCUGCUGGAUCAUCCCAAUAUCGUGCGAUUCCAAGAGAGCUUCGAGGAUCACCGCCUUCUUCAGUUGGUGUUGGAGCUCUGUGAAGGAGGAGAGCUCAUCGAACGAGUUACCUCCCAGGGGUCCAUAACGGAAAGGCAGGCUGCAGGAUGCGUGCGCGACAUGCUCCGAGCCAUCAAUUACCUGCACAUGAACAACAUCAUGCACCGCGACUUGAAGCCAGAGAAUUUCCUCCUCGCCACCAAAGAAGAGAUUGGCAAGUCCUCGCUGAAGCUCAUCGACUUCGGCCUCGCCAAGCGCUUCAAGCCAGGCGAACCGGCCCGCACGAAGGCUGGCACACCCAACUACGUGGCGCCUGAGGUGCUGUCAGGAAGAUAUGACGAGAAAGUGGAUACUUGGAGCAUUGGGGUCAUCACCUUCCUCCUGUUGUCUGGCAAGCACCCCUUCACUGGAAAGACUGUCGAACAGGUCCUUCAGAAAGUGAAGAAUGCAAGCUUUAUCACCGACGGGAAGCACUGGAAGGGCGUGUCGGCCGAUGGGAAGGGCUUCGUGCAGGCCUGCCUGCAGAAGGUGCCCAUGGCAAGGCCUUCGGCUGGGAGCUGCCUCAAGCACCGCUGGAUCGAGCGCUUGGCGGAGAAGGACAUGGAUGGCCCAGUGAUGGGCCUUCACAUCGAAGGUUUGGCUGCUUUCGGGCGCAUGCACAAGCUGAAGAAGGCUGUAGUCACGGUGAUCGCUGCCCAGAUGUCCGAAGAAAGGAUAGAUGAGCUGCGUCGAAUGUUCAUGGUGAUGGACCGAAAUGGUGACGGCACCCUGACCGUUGUGGAGGUGAAAGAUGCUUUGGACAAGGCUGGCAUCGCUAUGCCUGGCAACAUGGAGCAGCUUCUCCACGAGGCUGAUACCGACGGCUCCGGCGUCAUUGAUUACACCGAGUUUCUGGCAGCUACGCUGGACAAGAAAGUGUACGUUCAGGAGGACAUCGUAUGGACCGCCUUCAAGAAGUUUGACUUGGACAACAAUGGCAGCAUCGACAUGAAAGAGUUGGCGCAGGUCAUCGGCGACGAACAGGUGGUCGAAGCCAUGAACCUCAAAGACAGCGGCGAUGUGGGCAGCUUAGUCAACAUCUUCGAGCAGGUGGACAAGAAUGGUGAUGGCAAGAUCGACUUCGAUGAGUUCUUCCAGAUGAUCCGCGGGGUGGAGAAUAGCAGUCAGUCGCCUACCGGCUCUGGCCCUUCCAUCAAGCCCGGGGGCCGGGAUUCUCCAACACACAAGCAGAAGGAAGAGCAGAGGCUGAAGAUGAGCAGUCUCUUGGAAGACUUCGACGAAGAUGAUGGGGGCGCAGUUCAGAAGAAGGCCAGUCUCUCCGCAAAGAUACUCUACUGA